AUGUAUCGUCAUCCGAAAAUCGUUGCUACAUCCAGAAUAAGCCUUAAUCCACCGCCUAACAUCGAUCCAACCAAAGCAUCAUUAGCUUACGAACCUUUAGCCAUCCCUCGCUUAGAGCGUGAACUAAAUGCUGAUGAUCUGCUCACACGACAGAGGGCAAUCAGGACCUUGUGCGACUAUUUACAUGAUCCAGAACAUAUUGCUGAUGCAGUACGAGGUGGUAUUAUCGCGCUCCUAAAGCACUUGUUAAGAGAUCCAGAUGUGCCAUGUCGUGCCAUGGCCGCAGAGUGUUUCAUAGUCCUCAACCAGCAUCCGGGUGGACGCAAAGCUUUUGUUGAAGCCAAGGUAUACGACGUAAUGAAACUUCUAUUUUCCUUGUAUGAACCCGACCUCGUUCGCCUCAAUGCACACCGUUCAAUAGAACUGGUUGUCUUAAAUCCUAUAUAUGCUCAGUUGCUCGUGAAGGAGGACAUUAUUCCUCUAUUGAUUGCCUAUCUUGAAAAUGAAUUUAUGGAGAUCAAAAUUCUUAUUCUGGACACGCUUAACAAAUGUCUUGUCUUUGACACUGAUGCUGGCUUGGAUGCCAAUGGAAUGUGCGUUUUUAACAAGCUUCUGAUCCAUCACGAUUCAACUGUUCGGUACAAGAGUGUGCAGGCUAUACUUCGGCUAGUAGUAAAUGAUCGGGGAAAAGUUCAGGCCAUUGAGAAGGAAACGGUACCUCGACUGAUCCACUUACUCCUUGAUAUGGAUCCCGAAGUUCGAGCUUCAGCGGCGGGAGCGCUUGCAUUCAUAUGUAUUACCACGAGAGGUCGGUAUGCCUGUUUAAAUGGAGAUGCCAUUCCCAAUCUUCUGCGAUGCCUUUUAAAUCCAAGCGACCGGGUUCGUGUUAAUGCGCUGAAGGCUUUGGCUAGCAUCGGAGAGGCGCCCGAAGGACGGCGCAUCUUACUGAAGUCACUGGAACAGAUUGAACGCAUGCAGAGUGAUGAAAGUGCUGGAGUCCGAAAACAUGCCAAAAUAGCUGUGGAUGUAAUUAAAUGGAAGCCCUGGCAUCUGGAGUCUCGGUGUUGCGACAUGUCCGAGGCAGCAAAGCUCUGUGCGGGCAAUUUCUAA